AUGGUCAAGGAAACCAAGUAUUACGAUACCUUGGGCGUUGCCCCUACUGCUACUGAGCAGGAACUGAAGAAGGCUUACAAGGUCGGAGCCCUCAAGUACCACCCUGACAAGAACGCACACAACCCCGAUGCCGAAGAGAAGUUCAAGGAAAUCUCUCACGCCUAUGAAAUUCUCUCCGACUCCCAGAAGCGACAGAUCUACGACCAGUAUGGUGAGGCCGGCCUCGAGGGAGGUGCCGGCGGUGGUGGAAUGGCCGCCGAGGACCUUUUUGCUCAGUUCUUCGGCGGUGGUGGUUUCGGUGGCAUGGGCGGCAUGUUCGGUGGUGGUGGUAUGAACCGUGGCCCCCCCAAGGCCCGUACCAUUCACCACACCCACAAGGUUACCUUGGAAGAUAUCUACCGAGGUAAGAUCUCGAAGCUCGCUCUCCAACGGUCGAUUAUCUGCCCCAAGUGUGAGGGUCUCGGUGGCAAGGAGGGUGCCGUCAAGCGAUGCACUGGCUGUGACGGCCAUGGCAUGAAGACAAUGAUGCGCCAAAUGGGCCCCAUGAUCCAGCGCUUCCAGACUGUCUGCCCUGACUGCAACGGAGAGGGUGAGAUCAUCAAGGAGAAGGAUCGCUGCAAGCAGUGCAAUGGAAAGAAGACCACCGUCGACCGCAAGGUCCUCCACGUUCACGUCGACAAGGGCGUCCGCAGCGGCACCAAGGUUGAGUUCCGAGGUGAGGGUGAUCAAGCGCCCGGUGUCCAGGCCGGCGACGUCGUUUUCGAGAUUGAGCAGAAGCCCCAUGCCCGCUUCACUCGCCGAGAUGACGACCUUCUCUACAACUGCGACAUUGAGCUUGUCACAGCUCUGGCUGGUGGCACAAUCUACAUCGAGCAUCUCGACGAUCGAUGGCUUGCCAUUGAUAUUCUUCCUGGCGAGGCUAUUUCUCAAGACGCCGUCAAGAUGGUUCGCGGCCAAGGUAUGCCCUCUCCCAGGCAUCACGACUUCGGCAACAUGUACAUCAAGUUCAACGUGAAGUUCCCCGAGAAGAACUGGACCGAUGAUCCCGAAGUUUUUGAGACCCUCCGCAAGGUUCUCCCGCCCGCCACGCAGAACGCACCUCCCGGCGACGCCAUGUCCGAACCCGCCAGUCUCGAGGAUCUGGACAACACAACCCAGAACAGAGUAUUUGGCAACUCCGAUGGUAUGAUGGACGAAGACGACGAGGAUGGUCAUCCCGGCGGUGAGCGUGUGCAGUGCGCCUCGCAGUAA